AUGCUGACUCUGAUCCAGCUGAUCAUUUUGUCUUUUUGGACGAGCAUCAGCUCAUCUGAUGCGGAGAAACUUUUCCACAAUCGGGAUCAUUCUGAUCUGCAGAACCUUAACUCUCACCGAGCUGAGGUUAUAACAGACAAAUACUCAGCAGAGUUGUUUCUCUCUAGAUAUGGAUUCAUUAUGGCAGUGAACUGGGAGGAGGUCCAGUUUGAAGACUCGGACGCCUCCUUCAAUGACGACUUCCUGGAUAACUUUAAAGACUCAAUCCAGGAGGGAACCUCGGUGCAUCAUUCAAGGAACGCUCCUCGUGGUGGCGAUCAAAAUGACCGCAACAGUCUCACCGAGAGUCAGGAGUUUAUCUCUGCGCUUGAGGACUUUCAGAGGGUGUCUGGCUUGCCUGUCACGGGCCUGUUGGACGAGGCAACCAAGCUGGCAAUGAACAAACCGAGGUGCGGAGUCCCUGACAAGGAGAUUGACCUGAACGCACCUGUAGCACCUGAGAACAUCAGUGCCUCAGAUACUGAAAACAAUUCCAGUGGCACUUUUAAUGAGACUGAUGGUAACAACACAGCAGGGUUUGAUACUGCUGACCCGUUUGAGGAUGAUAUAUUCAGUUCUAAUGACACAGAAAGUGUUCUCACAGGUAUUUUCAAUGACACCAGCAAGAAUUACACAGAAGAAUUUGCUUCAUUUGAUCAUAUUUUAAAUAACACUUCUCUAAACAGCUCUCAUGACCCCACCAUGGACAGUCAAGUGGUCAAUAUCAGCACAAUCAAUCAGAGCAAAGCAGUGCAGCGCAGGAAGCGGCACCUGGCCACUCUAGUGUCCAAAAACAGGCGCAGGAGGGAUCUGAGUGAAACAGGUUACAUGGCUUUUUCUAAGAGGGUGUUGAAAUGGAGGCUGAUAGGAGAAGGCUACAGCAGUCAGCUGUCUGUUGAAGACCAGCGGUACAUCUUCAGACUGGCCUUCAGGAUGUGGAGCGAGGUGUCUCCGCUGGAGUUCGUGGAGGACACACGUUCCCCUCUGGAGGAUGUUGAUAUCAGGCUGGGCUUUGGCACAGGAAGGCAUCUGGGUUGCAAUCAGAGGUUUGACGGCACCGGUCAAGAGUUUGCCCACGCAUGGUUCCUGGGUGAUAUACACUUUGAUGAUGACGAACACUUCACUGGUCCCAACGCUGGCAGUGGGAUCAGCCUUCUCAAAGUGGCAGUUCAUGAGAUCGGUCAUGUUUUGGGUCUCCCCCACAUCUACAGGCUGGGCUCCGUAAUGCAGCCCAGCUAUCUGCCCCAGGAGUCUGGCUUUGAGGUGGACUGGAUGGACAGGAAAGCCAUACAGCACCUCUAUGGGGGCUGUAAAGGUCGAUUCAGCACUGUGUUUGAUUGGAUCAGGAAGGAGAGGACGCCCUAUGGGGAGGUGGUCAUCCGCUUUAACACCUAUUUCCUAAGAGAUGGCUGGUACUGGCUCUACGAGAACAGGAAAAACCGAACACGCUUUGGAGAUCCUGUUGCACUGCAGAUCGGCUGGCGUGGGAUUCCCAUGGACGGAGUGGAUGCGUGUGUGCACGUUUGGUCCAGGAAAAGAGAUGCUGUUUACUUCUUUAAAGGUACUCAGUUCUGGAGGUACGACGCCGCGAAUGACCAGGUGUAUAGACAGGACCCUGAAGGUCACCGCUAUCCAAGGUUAAUCUCUGAGGGUUUCCCCGGGGUGGUCAGCCCUGUUGACACAGCCUUUUACGACAGGAGGCAAUCCCACAUCUACUUCUUCAAAAACACUCUCGUGUACGCGUUCGACGUGGAAGCCAACAGCUUGGCAAGAGGCUUCCCCAAAAACAUCAGAGAUGUUUUCCCCGCAGUGGAGAGCGGAGACCAUCCAGAUGGCAACAUUGACGCUGCCUACUUCUCCUACACCCACAACGCCGUCUUUCUACUCAAGGGCACUCGCUUCUGGCAGGUGGUGGGCAGCCGCGAGCGCUGGCGCCGGCCCUUUCUGCCGCGAAAUGGCCUGCUGCCACACAAGGAGGUGGAUCAGCACUGGUUUGACAUCUGCAACGUUCAUCCCACUGCUCUCAGGCUAACUCGCUGAGGCUGGUGAA